AUGUCAUUGCACAAUACUGGGCAUAAAGAUGCGCAAACAAUGGCAUCCAAAAUUGCACACAAGUGGUUGUGCACAAACUUUGUGCCUUUCUACAAUGAUACAAAAAUGUAUGAAAAAUACCGAGUGGAUGAGCCUGGUCAAAUGGGACUAAGUUCUGGUGAAUAUGAAAUCCAGGAUGGUUUCGGUUGGACCAACGGCAUAGUACUAGAACUUCUCCAAUUAUACAAUUCCACGGCAUCAUUACAAAACUGGAAUGUAACUGCACCACUCUGCGAUAAAAAAUUGAAGGAACUAAUAAUUUUAAAGAAUAAGAAGAAAAAAGAAAAAUAG